AUGGAGCAAAACGCGGGUCAGAUCUCAGCGCUGAAAAGAAAACGCGAGUUUAUAAAGGCGGCAUGUGCGCGCAUUCGAACGUACGCAGAAUCGGUGACGCUAUUAACGCCCGAAACAAUCGCGAAUUUAGAAGUAAGAAGGGCAAGAUUGUCGAGUUAUUGGUCGGAUUACAAUAAUUUGCAAGCCGAAAUAGAGUCUCUCUGCGAAGACGAGGGAGACGAUCGCGUGUCGUUUGAGGAAGCGUUUUACGAGCUGACCGCCGAAUUACGCUGCGCGAUCACUAAUUAUAACCGCACGAUAGCCGGGGGUCCAGCCAUGAUAUCCACGUCGAUCGCGCCUCCGGCCGGCGUGAGCAGCUCCGCAAGUAACGUACGGUUGCCGAAGUUAGAUUUGCCGAACUUUACAAGCAAAUACGAGGAAUGGUUUCCAUUCUACGAGAUGUUCAACUCGGUCAUAAACGACAAUCACGCGAUAAGUAACCUUCAGAAGUUUCAAUAUCUGAGGGCAUCGGUGACGGGCGAGGCGGCCAACGUGAUUCGAUCGUUAGAGUUAUCUGAGCAAAAUUAUUUGGUGGCCUGGAAUGCCUUAAAACAUCGUUACGAUAAUAAACGCGCUAUCGUGCACACGCAUUUGCGUGCUCUAUUUGAAUUGCCGAGCAUCGCGAAAGAAAACGCCUUCGAACUGCGUCGGGUGGCGGACAGUGUCGUCAAGCAUGUACAGGCCUUGAGCGCGUUACAGUGCCCCACCGAGCAUUGGGAUGAGAUGUUAAUUUAUCUAAUCUCGUCUAAAUUCGAUCCGAUCACUACGAAGGAAUAG